GAUGAAUUAUUACAUAGUGGAGCUGUGUGAGUGGUUUGAAAUUACUAGCUCACAAAUUAAUUAAGAUAAUGGAGUUCCUAAUUACACUCAUAACAUUUCUACUCUUCUUAAUACCUUCAAUCACUUCCUCCUCACAAUAUUUAGGAAACAACCUACUCACUAAUCGAAAGAUAUUCCAAAAACAAGAAACAAUUACCUCUUACGCUGUUAUUUUUGAUGCUGGUAGCACUGGAAGCCGUGUCCAUGUUUACCAUUUUGAUCAAAACUUAGAUCUUCUUCAUAUUGGUAAAGAUGUUGAGUUUUAUAAUAAGAUCAAACCCGGUUUGAGUGCAUAUGGUGAUAAUCCUGAACAAGCUGCAAAUUCUUUGAUUCCACUUUUAGAGCAAGCACAGAAUGUGAUUCCUGAGGACGUGCACCCCAAAACACCCGUUAGACUUGGGGCAACCGCAGGUUUAAGGCUUUUAGAUGGGGAUGCUUCGGAAAAGAUAUUGCAAGCGGUUAGAGAUAUGCUCAGCAACAGAAGUAGCUUCAUUGUUCAACCAGAUGCAGUUUCUAUUAUAGAUGGAACUCAAGAAGGUUCUUAUUUGUGGGUGACAGUUAACUAUGUAUUGGGAAAUUUGGGAAAAAAGUACACAAAAACAGUGGGAGUAAUGGACCUUGGAGGUGGAUCCCUUCAAAUGGCAUAUGCUGUCUCAAAGAAAACAGCUCAAAAUGCUCCAAAAGUUGCUGAUGGAAAUGAUCCAUACAUUAAGAAGAUUGUACUCAAGGGAAAACCAUAUGAUCUCUAUGUUCACAGUUACUUACACUUUGGUAGAGAAGCUUCUCGAGCAGAGAUUUUGAAGGUCACUAAGCAUUCUGCUAAUCCUUGUAUUUUAGCCGGAUUUGAUGGGAUCUACACAUAUUCAGGAGAAGAAUACAAGGCCACUGCCCCUGCUUCUGGGGCCAACUUCAAUAAAUGCAAAAAGAUAAUUCGUAAGGCUCUUAAAUUGAAUUAUCCAUGUCCCUAUCAGAACUGCACUUUUGCUGGAAUAUGGAACGGUGGAGGAGGAAGUGGACAAAAACACCUUUUUGCUACUUCAUCUUUCUUUUACCUACCAGAAGAUGUUGGUAUGGUUGACUCAAAGACACGUAACUUCAAAAUUCGUCCUCUGGAUCUCGAGAUUGAAGCUAAGAGAGCUUGUUCAUUAACAUUUGAGGAUGCCAAAUCGACUUAUCCACUUCUUGUUGAGGAGAAAAUAGUUCCAUAUGCAUGCAUGGAUCUUUUAUAUCAGUAUGAGUUGCUCGUUGAUGGAUUUGGCUUAGAUCCAUUGCAAGAAAUUACAGCUGGAAAGGAAAUUGAAUAUCAAGAUGCUAUUGUUGAAGCUUCAUGGCCUCUUGGAAAUGCUGUUGAAGCCAUAUCAUCGCUACCUAAAUUUGAACGACUGAUGUAUUUUGUUUAAGCUUCUAAAUAUCGAUAAGAUAUCCAAUGUUGGAAGCCAACUUUAGCAAAGAUUAAAUAAAAUAACUUUUAUAUUUUUUUUCUUUUUA